AUGGCUACUACUACCUCCUCCGUCACCAUCAACCGCAAAAAAACAAAGUUCUACGGCGAACUCCGCCAGCUCUGGGUCGAGAUAAACUCCCACUGCGAGAGACUGCAUCUCCUCGACUCCACGACCCGCGUGCUAUCCGCCUGUAUCGAAUGCAAGAUUACGCCAUACGGGAUGGUCCCGCUUGAUAUUGAUGGAUUGGAGAAUGCGGAUGAGUAUGUGAUGCAGUUGGUUAUCUGCGGCCCAGAAUUCCCCGUCGGCCCGAUCAUCUCGUUCGUUGACUCCGUCCGCAUGAUGUGUGAGCCUGUGAGCGGAUCUGCGCAAGUGCAUAUUACUGCUAUUGCAGUUCCGUAUGCGACGCAGCAGCCUGAGGGUGCGGCUGCAAGCGGAUACUAG